AUGGUGAGUAAGGAGGCAGGGCGUUGCACUCUGUCUAACUCAGAGUCGGACUCAGAGUCAGGUCUGUCUGUGGGAGUGGAGCACCACGGCUGCCCUGGCCGUGGAGACACAGUGCGCAAACGUAACAAAGCCCUGCAGGUGCGUUUCAAGGAUAUCUGUGAGGCGCAGAAUGAAGCUGCAGCACGCCUAGCCCGCGGAUCGGGGGGGCGCUCCGCAUCCUGCAAGCUCACGCACAGGAGGUACAUGACCAUGCCCGCCCGACGCUCUAUCCCGAACGUCACCAGGAGCACGGCCGUACAAACCUCGCCAGACCUAAAGAAACGCUACCAGACGUUCCCCUUUGAACGAAAGAAAGGGCAUACCAUCAAACAUACGGCUCUGGUAGAGAACUACCCAGGCCAGAAUAAUGGAUUCCUGAGCGAUGUUAUGGGUAGUGGAGAAGUGAAGAAAUGUGAAGGGAGGGUUCAGCGGACUCGAGUGUUGUUACACACGCCUUGCUGCAGUGCUGUGCCUGACCUCAGCUCAGGCCCUAACUGCUCUGAUGGCAAAUCAUGUCCUGAUCCCUCAAGUGUGGGCAGGGAGAAGGACCAAUCAGAUGCCAAGGGAGAGGCAAUUUCUCAAGGAGGCAGGACCAAACACAAGGGAUUGCCCAAUGAGAAUGAGGCAGUCGUGGGGCAGGAGCCAAAUUCCAAGAGCUCCACCUCUGCCUCCUGCUCGGUGCAGCCCCUGCAGGACAGGGGCGAGAGGAGUUCAAAGAUCACGGGCCCUAUCGCUUGGACAUCCCUGACACAGGUUGAGUGUCCGGAGAGCCCAUCUGCACAGCGUAAGCGUGAGAAGGAUGGUUCCCAUCUGAACGGCACGCAGACACAGUCACAAUCACAGUCGCAGUCACAGACUCUCCCACGUUCAGCCGGCUGCUCCUCUCAAGCCCAUGUGCAGACUCAUUGCCACUCCAGACACACCGUUACUAUGGAUACUACAAAAGGGCCAGGGUGCACCGGAGGCAAGUCCAGGGUGGGGCAGGCCUGUCAGCAGGUAAUUCCUCUCCCAGGGGCGGAGGGAGAUGUGAAAGCUCAGCUCCAGGCGAUGGAGAACCUGAUCAGUUCCAGCCAGGAGACCAUCAAAGUCCUGCUGGGGGUCAUUCAGGAACUGGAGAAAGGAGAGGCCCAGAGGGAAGGGCUGUCUUAUCGAACAGGGCAGGACACAGCUAACUGCGACACGUGCCGUAACAGUGCCUGUAUCAUCUACAGUGUUGAGUUGGACUUUAAGCAGCAGGAGGAUAAGUUGCAGCCUCUAAUGAAGAGGCUGUGUCCAGCUGAGGAUUCCCCAUAUCCAUCUCUGCCUUACACCCAUGAGGUCUUUACCUCCACCCCCAAACGCAAGUCCAAAACAGAGGCCAAGAAGCAUGCUCGCUGGAAACUCUGGUUUCUGUGA